GGGAAAAAAAAUAGAUGACAUUCAUUUUGUAUGUAUAUGUAUAGAUAGAUAUAUGAUAUUUGAUAAGCCCUCCUAUUUCUUAAAUGAUAAUGUAUCCUGCAAGGCGCGCAAAAUUACAAGAGACGUCUGCGAUCAUGCAGACAGGAUUUCAAUUUUCAUGGAGCUGCCACGAGUCAUUGUUGAUGCAUGGAGAUACCAGGUGUCACAACCACCUGCAACCGCUCGAGCUUUGCCAGUUUUCCCGGUCAGUCUAAUCCCUCUCUUGGCUCUUCCUUUUCUAUCUGCAUUUUGUUUGUCUAGACGAGAACUUGCUGAAAUUAGGAAAAAAACUAUUCGUCUUCAACGUUUGGAUUGAAGACCUGAAAGUCAAAAAGAUAACAAAAAGGAAGGAGAAGAAGAAGAAAAAGUGUUGGGAAAAUGGAUGUGCUGAUUGACAUGAUAGCGAAUGAGCACAAACAGGUUGUGCCCAUAACAGUUUUUGUGGCUGUUCUCACCUUUUGCUUGCUUAUUGGUCAUUUGCUUGAGGAAAAUAGAUGGGUCAAUGAAUCUAUCACCGCUAUUCUCAUUGGAUGUAUAUCUGGAGCGGUUAUCUUGUUGAUAAGCAAAGGGAAAAGUUCUCACAUCUUAACCUUCAAUGAAGAACUGUUCUUCAUAUACCUCCUUCCACCAAUAAUAUUCAAUGCCGGGUUUCAGGUCAAGAAGAAGCAGUUCUUUCACAACUGUUUAACCAUUAUGUUAUUCGGAGUAAUCGGUGUUUUCAUUUCAACUUUCCUAAUUACAGCUGGCAGUUGGUGGCUGUUUCCUAAAAUAGGCUUCUUCGGUCUGACUGCAAAAGACUAUCUGGCUAUAGGAACAAUUUUUUCAUCAACUGAUACAGUGUGUACAUUACAGGUCCUCCAUCAAGAUGAAACUCCUUUAUUAUACAGCUUAGUCUUUGGUGAAGGAGUCGUUAAUGAUGCAACCUCAGUUGUUCUUUUCAACGCUGUUCAAAAGAUUGAUAUGGGACAGUUAAAUGGCCAGAGGUCUCUUCAUGUUGUUGGAGAUUUUCUCUACCUUUUCUCCACAAGCACGGCUCUUGGGUUCUUCUUUGGACUAUUGACAGCAAUCAUCCUGAAAACCCUUGUAUUUUGGAAAGGUAAAGCUCUUUAUAUUUGGUGGGCAGGGCUUAUGAGAGGGGCCGUCUCUAUUGCUUUGGCUUUUAAACAGUUCACACAUUCUGGUGUCACAUGGAGUUCAACAAAUGCUGCGGUUCUCACGAACACCAUAAUUGUUGUCCUAUUCACUACACUGGUAUUUGGUUUUCUAACGAAGCCUCUUAUAAGUUGUUUGGUUCCUCUCCAUGGAACAAGUGGCAACGCUCACCAGGAGCCAAAAUCUCCCAAGUUGGACAUCAUUUUUCCUCUUCUCUCCGGAGAGGGACAAUCGGACGCUGAUGUUCUUACUGCAAAGAAUAGCUUGACUAUGCUAAUGGAAAGACCGGUAUACACCAUACAUUUCUACUGGAGGAAGUUUGAUGAUACAUAUAUGAGGCCUAUAUUUGGUGGUCCGCACACCAACAGCUUGGAAUGUUAGAUGGAAGAGUGAGGGAGGAGGACAAGGAGGAUCGAUGGCGUUGAAAGAAAUCUCGUAAUGGUUGUAGCGUUCUCCGUUGAAGCUGGUGGCAACAUAAUGAAAUGCUUAGGCACUUCAAAUGUUUAUGAUGCUCGAGUUUUUCUGAAACUGAGGGAAGGUAGAAUUACAAUGUUAAUGGUUUCUGGGAUUUUAUCCAGUUCUGAAGAUAUUCGUGUUGUGGGAUGAGAAGGAACUUGUCUGUCUGUGCAAUGGAAACUAUUGAGUGAAGAAAAUUAUGUAUGUAUAGAUUCAGUUGAUACAGGGUAGAAUAUAAUUAGUAGAUAGAAGUGCCGAUUGCUUUGUGCACCAAAUUAAAUAGUUAAAAAAAUAAUGUUGUGAAGACACUGCUUCUAUCCUCAUUGUUAUUUGUAAGGAAAUAAUUUUAGUCUUUAGCUUAAA